UCUUGAACUGCCAAGCUGAGUGCUAAAGGAUCCUGGGAGUCGUAGUUGAGUGAGGCAUGGGACUACAACUCACAGGGAGCCAUAGCACUGCGCCCUGGCAGUUAAAGCGGCGUCAAAGAGGGGGAAACCGACUGGGCCGGCGUUUCAGAAAGCUAGGCCGCAACCCGCACCAAAGAGAGCAGGAGAAGGGCGCUUUCCUCUCAGCCGCUCGUCCCUCUCUCUCUCUCUCCUUUUCCUUCUCAGGGAGGAGGAGGAGGAGGAGACCGGAAAGGCAAGCGCGGAAGGGGAGGCCAAGGCGGCGGCGGCGGCGGGGCCCUGCGAGGAAGAAGAAGACGCCUUCUCCGUUUCCGCGGCUCCCCUCCCGCGCCGCGCCUCUUGGUUUCGCCCGCGCCUCGCGCCCUGCCAUGUUGGAUUGAGCCGGGGACAAGUUAGAAGUUUAAGGCAGGCAGGGAGGAGGAGAGGGGGAAAGAGAGGCCGAGAGCAGAGGGGAGUCUCCUUCCUCUUCCUCCCUCCCUCCCUUCCUGGGCCACUGCUCUCCAUGCCCCUCUGAGGGGCCUGCCUUCCUGCCUGCCUUCCUUCCUUCCCUCUCCGGCCUGGCCCCGCCAUGAGCAGCAACAACAACGCCACGCAGCCCCCGCCGCCGCGGAGGGUCACCAACGUGGGCUCCAUGCUGCUCACCCCGCAGGAGAACGAGAGCCUCUUCGGCUUCCUGGGCAAGAAAUGCGUGACAAUGUGUUCUGCGGUUAUUCAAAUUUAUGCAGCGGAUCGCAAUGCUAUGUGGUCAAAGAAGUGCUGUGGCGUAGCUUGCCUUGUGAAAGACAAUCCACAGAGGUCUUAUUUUAUCAGAAUAUAUGAUAUCAAGGAUGGAAAGCAAUUGUGGGAACAAGAAUUGUAUAAUAACUUUGUAUAUAAUAUUCCUAGAGCAUAUUUUCACACCUUCGCUGGAGACACAUGCCAAGUGGGUCUUAAUUUUGCUAAUGAAGAAGAAGCUAAAAAAUUCCAAAAGACCAUAACAGACUUACUUGGACGACGCCAACGAAAAUCAGAGAAAAGGAGAGACCUACCAAAUGGUCCAAGUCUACCAAUGGCAACGGUUGACAUUAAAAAUCCAGAAAUCACCACUAAUAGAUUUUAUAGUUCACAAGUCAACAAUAUCUCCUAUACCAAAGAGAAGAAAAAAGGCAAAGCAAAAAAGAAAAGACUGACAAAAGCAGAUAUUGGAACUCCAAGCAAUUUCCAACACAUUGGACAUGUUGGCUGGGACCCCAAUACAGGUUUUGAUGUGAACAAUUUGGAUCCAGAGCUGAAAAACCUAUUUGAUAUGUGUGGAAUUUCAGAAGCUCAGCUAAAAGACAAAGAAACGUCCAAGGUUAUUUACGAUUUUAUUGAAAAAACAGGAGGAGUGGAAGCAGUUAAAAAUGAAUUACGUAGACAAGGUCCACCACGGUGGAAUGCUCCUCCUCCACCUCCACCCUCUAGGGGUGGUCCCCCUCCGCCACCUCCUCCACCACCGCAUAGCUCAGGGCCACCUCCUCCUCCCGCUAGGGGAAGAGGAGCUCCUCCCCCACCCCCUUCAAGAGCUCCAACCGCAGCACCUCCACCUCCACCUCCUUCUAGACCUGGUGUUGCAAUGCCACCACCUCCACCAAAUAGGAUGUACCCUCCUCCUCCUCCAGCGCAUUCUUCAUCUGCACCCUCAGGCCCUCCCCCUCCCCCUCCACCACCAUCAGGUGGUUCUGGUGUGCCUCCACCCCCUCCUCCUCCGCCUCCCCCUCCCGGUCCUCCUCCACCACCUGGUCUUCCAGUAGAGGUUGACCACCAGCUACCAGCUCCUUCAGGAAAUAAAGCAGCUCUCUUAGAUCAAAUUAGAGAAGGUGCCCAAUUGAAAAAAGUAGAACAAAACAGUCGUCCAGUUUCCUGCUCAGGAAGAGAUGCGCUACUUGAUCAGAUACGACAGGGUAUACAGUUGAAAGCUGUAUCUGAUGGGCAAGAGACGGCACCACCUACCCCUGCACCCACCUCAGGUAUUGUGGGAGCAUUAAUGGAAGUUAUGCAGAAAAGGAGCAAAGCCAUUCAUUCUUCAGAUGAAGAUGAGGAUGAAGAAGAUGAAGAAGACUUUGAAGAUGACGAUGAGUGGGAAGACUGAUCAAUAUAUUAUAUCAUAUAUAUAUAUUUUUAAGGUGAAAUACUAAACUACUUUCUGUCUAUGAAUUCUGUAAAAUUAUCAUGUAAAUGUUCUACCAAUUUGCUGUAUAUUUUUGUUGCCUUUUGCUUUUUUAUUAAUCUGUGCAAUACCUCAUUUAAUCUGUAAAGGUUUGUCAUAACCCUAUACCAAGCUACUCCCAACUUAAUGUGUACAAGUUUACAUCAGGUUGCUCAAUGUACAUGUGAAUACUUUCCAUUCCACCAACAAGGGAGUUUAGUGUAAUAUGCGAAAUUGACAAACACUCCUUAAAUGUAUUUAGUUAUAAUGCAAGAAGGAAAACACUAUUUUCAUACCCUACUUUUUCUGUAUCUAAAUUUUCGUAUUAAAACCUAAUAUAGCACUACAUUCAUAAAUGCAAUGCAGCUCCUAGUUUUAAUCCCUUCAUCUUGGAUACUGUGCUACAUGGAUGAGGCUGAUAAAACAAAUGAACCUUGUCGAUUUGUAACACUGCAGUUCAGAAUUUAGCAUUUAAGCUGUACAUAAAGUACAAUCACUAGAAAAAUGAAGUGGUUAUGAAAUUUUUCCCUGAUUCUUGAGCAGUGUUGCCUGCCAUCAGGAGAGCUUUCCACUUGAAUGCUGAAUUUAGGGACAUCUCAGAUGGUCACAAGGUGUGCCAUCUUCGAUGUAAACUACUUUUUUGAUUUUUGCCAGCCACCUUUCACAAUGAAGAGGAGCCUACAUUUAUGGCAACUGCUGCAGUCACUUAUUUAUUUUUAUAUAAUGUUUUUUUACCGAAGGGCUGUGGUUGAUACUUGCUCUAUUAAUAAUGAGUUUAAAUUAAAAAAUAAAUGUGUAGGGCAUCAGUAUACUAAUAAAUGAAUUUAAGUGGUAUAACUCUGCAGUCUUUGUGGAUGAUGGUUCAAGCCAACCCACCUAGGCACCGGAUCAUCUAUAAGCAUCCAGAAAUCAAAAACGUUAAGUAGGGAUAGGUGCCUUAAAUAUAUGCUUCUCCUGACUCUGACAGGCUGCCCUAAGGUGAUGGGAGCAGUUGCUGGGAGAAAGGAGUGAUGGAAGUGCAAAUUCCUCACUGAUGUUUCCACCUCCUUCAACCAAGUCUCUGUAUUUAUUUUUGGCCAAAUAGUAGCUGAGACUGGAUCCUCUUAGCUCAGGUUCACUUCAGUCUUCUUUGCUGGCUUCCCUACAGUUGUUCCAACAUGGCUGUGUUGCUCCCAUUUUUUCUUGACCUUAAAUCCGUAGAUCUUGAAACCAGAGUGAAUAGAGAUAAUUUAACUACCGUACAUUCCUUCUACCUUUUGGAAGAGGCUCACUACUACAACAUUUGUAAACCACUGCUUUUUAUAUGUACUGAACUUGCAUAUUUUCGAUAUUUGAUUUGUCUUGUGUUCAGAAUUAAUAUCAGGGGAUGUGAUCUUUAAGGUAGAAGGCUCUGUGCUUGGAAUUGCAUUCCGGUAAAUGAUGGGAAAAUUUGAGUUCUCAUUUUAAUGUUCAUCCUUACUAAUGGUUGCAAUAUUUGAAGGAUUUGCCUAUUUUUUAUUAUCCAGUAACAACAUUUGAAAUAGACAUUUUCAGUACGGACAGUAUGAAAGCAUUUUAAGUAGAGUACACUUAGAGGUAUCACUUCUCUCACCAAUGCAAAAUAGUUCAAGUGAGACCUUUUUGGAAUACAAUUAACACACACUUCCCAUCUUCUCUUUUUCUUACUUUGUUAAUGAUAUAUUGGAUGAAAUUGUAUUUACUGAAAUCCAGUGUUGGCCUGAUCUUGGCAGGCUGGACCUGCAUGAUGUGGCUUGGCUAUCUAGUGCAGUUAUAAUGUAUGUCUAGCAUUUUUAAUUGCAGAAGGAGGACAGGAUAUAAAAGGUUAUGUUGAUGAAAGACAGUGUGGUAAAGCAAAAGCUAAAUUAUUUAGAGGACGAUAUCUUUUCUUUUAAGCAAACAACAUGGGCAGAGGAGAUUCUUUUUCAAAGUAUCUUUCUCCUUUUCAGUUAUAUUGACAACUGCCUGCUGCUAAAAAGACUGACAGCUAGCAUUGCUGCUAGUGUGGCUUGAGGACUCGGAGCAUUGUGGCUGAAGCCGGAUGAAAUGUUGUGUAGCAGGAUUAAGGAAGUGUGCACAUGGGAGGUGGUGUUAAUGGCCUUCAGUACAAUUUUUAGUGUUGUCUCUAGUUCUGAUACCAUAAAGGGCAUUUUAAAGUGGAUACUGCUCAGGUGGCCUCCAAAGAUGUUUCUUCUAAGCAUAAACUAAGCACAGACUUCUGGAGCUGAGAGAGUUUAGAAAGAUUUAAUAUUUUUGGAAUACUUGUGUAAUGUGUUAAUCACCUGCCCAAUGGGCUUUUGUUGUUGUUUUUUUUCUAUAGAAAGUGUAUCCACAUUAUUGCACAAAGUUCAGAAGUUUUGCUUUCAAUAGCAUAUUGUAUGGUUUUAAUUUUAAGGCAUGGCUGCAGUUACAAUUAGGCUAAGAAGUCACCGCUGCAUGUUUCUGCAUUCUCCUACUUCCGGUGUGGGCCAGAGACAGUGUUUCAUGCCAUUGAAUCACUACUGCUAACCGUUGUAACAAGGCAGCCUCAUGCACCAUUUAAAUUGACUGCCCAAGUAACCUUGGCAAUUAGUACAUGAGUGUGAGGACCUUUAUCUCAACACUACGCUUAUGCAAUAUCUGCUAGCUGCUUGUACUCUGAAACCAUCUCAAUCAUUCAGUUUUUUCAUUUCAUCAAACUGAACUUCUUGGUAUGUGAAUUUUCCUUUUGGCUUUUUUUAAUGUACAGUGAAUAGGAUGUUGCACUGGUGGCAAUUCAUCAUGGAACAUAAUAAAAUUAAUUUGACUCAG